AAUGGAUUACCACCUGCUUGGACUAAUUUUAUCUUUUCUCUUCAAUGGCACAAAGGUCUUAGCCGGUUACCCAAUUUGGUGGUCCCUGGCGCUGGGGCAGCAGUACAGCUCCCUGGGCUCCCAGCCCAUCCUCUGCGGCUCCAUCCCUGGCCUGGUCCCCAAGCAGCUCCGCUUCUGCCGCAACUACAUCGAGAUCAUGCCCAGCGUGGCCGAGGGGGUGAAGUUGGGCAUCCAGGAGUGUCAGCACCAGUUCCGGGGCCGCCGCUGGAACUGCACCACCAUCCACGACAGCCUGGCCAUCUUCGGGCCCGUCCUGGACAAAGCCACCAGGGAGUCUGCCUUCGUCCAUGCCAUCGCCUCGGCCGGGGUGGCCUUCGCCGUGACCCGCUCCUGUGCCGAGGGCACGUCCACCAUCUGUGGCUGUGACUCCCAUCACAAAGGACCUCCAGGAGAUGGCUGGAAAUGGGGGGGAUGCAGCGAGGACGCCGACUUCGGGGUGUUGGUGUCCCGGGAGUUCGCAGAUGCCCGGGAGAACCGGCCGGACGCGCGCUCAGCCAUGAACAGGCACAACAACGAGGCCGGCAGGACGACCAUCCUGGACCACAUGCACCUGAAGUGCAAGUGCCACGGCCUCUCAGGCAGCUGUGAGGUCAAGACCUGCUGGUGGGCCCAGCCAGACUUCCGGGCGAUCGGGGACUACCUGAAGGACAAGUACGACAGCGCCUCGGAGAUGGUGGUGGAAAAGCACCGGGAAUCCCGGGGAUGGGUAGAAACUCUGAGAGCCAAGUACGCGCUUUUCAAGCCGCCGACGGAGCGGGAUCUGGUUUACUAUGAGAACUCCCCCAACUUCUGUGAGCCCAACCCAGAGACGGGCUCCUUUGGGACCAGGGACAGAACCUGCAACGUCACAUCCCACGGGAUCGACGGCUGCGACCUCCUGUGCUGCGGCCGCGGCCACAACACCAGGACUGAGAAGCGGAAGGAGAAGUGUCACUGCAUCUUCCACUGGUGCUGCUACGUGAGCUGCCAGGAGUGCACACGUGUCUACGACGUCCACACCUGCAAGUAA